AUGGAGCAAUCUCAUAAUCCAAAAAAUCCUAUUGAUUUAAAAAAUCAUAGAACCGAGAUAUAAUAAGGAUGUAAUAUCUUAUUAAAAUAAUUCAAAAACUUUUAAUUUAGUUAUAACAUAGUGGCCAUUUAGCAAAGGUUCUUAAAAUAUGCAGAAUAAAACUAAAGAUACUAGCAGCUCUAAGUAGACUCAAAUAAGGUAUAAAUAGAUUCAUUAUAUUAGAACAGUAAUAAAGAGAAAGAUGAUGUUGGAACAAUUAUUAUUAUUAUAUAAUUUAAUUUAAUUUAAUUAAACUCUGUAAUUUAUAUAAAUAACUAAAGAAGUUGGUUAUGA